AUAGAUUUUAAAUAGUUACCUUUUUCAAAUCUACUGUCAGUUUUUCACCAGCUCAUGAUAAUAGCGGAUUGAAAAUGGUGGAUUUUGGACAAGUAUUUGAAACCGAAAAAUCUAUUCUGAGUUUUUGUGGAUUCUAUCCUGGAGGGAAAAACAGAGAAAAUCGAAAGCCUUUACGCACAUUCUUCAGCAUCAGCGGAAUCAUCUUAUUAAUUAUAUCCAUCCCGAUGUUGGUCGUUGAAGGAGAAUAUGAGAAGCUUCUGGAUAGUUCCGUUAUGUUCAUGAUCGAGCUCACAGUUAUCGUCAAGCUAUUAUUUUUAAUGACAAGAGGGGAAAAACUAUGCCAGAUCGAAAAUUUCAUUCGGAUGAUGAAUUCAGCGAAAAUUCCUGUUAGUAUUUUGAAGUACGUUCGUGAGGAUACCAAGAAAAGAGGAAGAAUGUCGAUUUGUUUCCGGGCCCUGAUAGUCAUAUAUCUGUUUAUAUUCGGAAUUAUGCCGUUUUUGGGUCAAGGACCGAAGGUUCUCCCUGUGAUAAUUUGGGCACCAUAUGAUUUGGAAAAAGCAAUAUUUUUCUAUCCAACAUUUCUCGGAGAAUUGGUUAUUCUGGCCAUAAGCGCAUUCAGUAAUUCCAGUUCAGAUCUGAUGUACUACAUCCUCGUGGAUAUUGCUUGUUGCCAGCUUGACAUACUGAAGGAGAAUUUAAGAGGAAUUGAUAUGAACGGAAAUGUCGAUAUGGUACAGAAACAGCUUAGAAUGUUUGUUAUCGAUCAUGAACUAAUCAUACGGUUUGUGAAAACGAUUCAGAGCAUAUACUCCAACAUUAUCUUCAUCCAAUGCAUAUCAAGUGUUCUCAUCAUCUGUUUCCAAGGAUUUCAAUUGAUUGCUAUUAUCAAAUUUCCUUCAGCGAAGUAUUCAAUAGACACUGUCUUCAUACUCAUGAUGUUCUAUCAGAUAUAUUGGUACUGCUGGUUUGGGCAAAACAUUAUUAUCAAGAGUGUCGAGGUGGGAGAAGCAUGUUACUUGACAAAUUGGUAUGACUCCGAUUUGAGAGUAAGAAAAACUAUUACUAUUAUUAUGGAAAGAUGUAAGAAACCUUUGAAACUAACAGCGAAUCUGUUCACUUUGGAUAUUGCGAUGUUGGUUUCGAUUCUGCGAACUUCAUACUCAUAUAUGGCUAUACUACGAACAUUAUACAGUGAAUAAAUUGGACAAAGAACGAACAUCUCAUAUCAUUGGAUCAAAUGGCAAAGGAAAAUCACUGAACUUCACUACUACUUCACUAAAUGUUUGGAUGCACCGAUUUUAUUCAUUAUCACCUCAUCAAUAUACACUUUUGAAUUAUCGGUAUAUUGUUCAAUUCACUGUUUUUUUUAGGAGACACAUCUGAACACCCUUAGAAAUUCCUUGCUGUAUGGUUGAAAGAG